AGCUGGCGCAUGGCCCGGCCGGCAGCGCGCGGCCAGCUAUAGCGGGGCCUUGCCGGGCCCUACUUGAUGCCCCGCCCCGCCGCACAGAGCCCUUUCCGGCGCGGGCGGCGAGGAUGGGGACACCGCAGAAGGAUGUUGUAAUAAAACCUGAUGCCCCGUGCACGUUACUUUGGGAGAAACAUGCAGACUACAUAGCUUCGUAUGGGACAAAGAAAGAUGAUUAUGAGUACUGUAUGUCGGAGUAUUUGAGGAUGAGUGGUGUUUACUGGGGGCUGACAGCCAUGGAUCUCAUGGGACAGCUGCACCGAAUGAACAAAGAAGAAAUUCUACAUUUCAUCAAAUCUUGUCAACAUGACUGUGGUGGAAUAAGUGCCAGCAUAGGUCAUGAUCCUCAUCUGCUGUAUACCCUGAGUGCUGUCCAGAUUCUUAUCUUAUAUGACAGUCUCCAUGUUGUUGAUGUAAAUAAAAUUGUAGAAUAUAUACAGAACCUGCAAAAAGAAGAUGGAUCAUUUGCUGGAGACAAAUGGGGAGAAAUAGAUACAAGGUUCUCGUUCUGUGCUGCAGCAACUCUUGCACUUCUGGGAAAACUGGAUACUAUUGAUGUGGGGAAAGCAGUAGAAUUUGUUUUGUCCUGUAUGAACUUCGAUGGAGGAUUUGGCUGUAGACCGGGUUCUGAGUCACAUGCGGGACAGAUCUAUUGUUGCACAGGAUUUCUGGCUAUUACGGACCAGUUGCAUCAAAUAAAUGCUGACUUGUUGGGUUGGUGGCUUUGUGAACGUCAGUUACCUUCUGGAGGUCUCAAUGGACGACCAGAGAAGUUACCUGAUGUAUGCUAUUCAUGGUGGGUUCUAGCAUCUCUGAAGAUGAUUGGUAGGCUACAUUGGAUUGACAGAGAGAAACUGCGCUGCUUUAUUUUGGCUUGCCAGGAUGAGGAGACUGGAGGAUUUGCUGACAGACCAGGAGAUAUGGUGGAUCCAUUUCAUACUUUAUUUGGAAUUGCUGGACUAUCCUUACUAGGAGAAGAACAAAUUAAGGCUGUCAAUCCUGUCUUCUGUAUGCCAGAUGAUGUCCUACGAAGAAUAAAUGUACAGCCUGAGCUUGUGAGCUAAGCCUUACAGAAACAGAAGGUUGAUGAUGCCCUGUUGUUUUGGUUUUACUGAUUGGAAGUUAUCUCUGAAGCUUGUUAGCAUAUUCUUCGAGAUGUGUUUACAUUACUGUAGUAAAGCAGUAGCUUUACUGUGAGCUUUGUCACUUUGUAAACUGUAUCAGAACAGGCCUGUUCUAAUAAUCUGAGUAUAACAUGUUCUUUGGUUGUAUAUAAGAGAUGUAGAAACCUUUCUAAUGUUUAUUUAAAUAUAUGGGCCUUGGGAGUUUGUAUUUGAAUAAUCAAGUCAAAGCAAUAGUUUAGUUUAAUUUCUUCUGUUCCUGCAAUAUCAACCAUGGUAGUAUGUCUUUCCAUAAGCAUAUUUUGAUGGUGGAUCACACAAAGCACUUUAAAUGAAUAUGGGGAAAACCCCUUCUUAAGCCAUGUACGUAAUGCCACACACAUGUAUUUUAUUCUGCCUGUUAAUGCUUGCUAUCACUUUUAUGUACUGAGAUACAAGCUUUUACUUCUGAUAGUAAUUGAUACCAGUGAAAACAACAACAAAAAGUUCUAUUAAAUAAAAACAUUUUCAGUUAUUGAUAGAUGAAGUCCCUUUAGGCAAAACUUCACCAAUAGUUGAAAUGGAAGAUACCUUGAGUGUACAUAUAUUGAAAAUUGCUAACAUCAAUCAUUCUAGGGAAAGUCUUUAGAGGACAGUGACUUGCAGCUGAAUAUAAUGCUGUUCCUAAAUUUGUUGCUGUUGGAUUGAAAUUCUGCUUUUGUAGAUUUUGAAACAACACUUUAUUGUGGUGUAAUUGAGAAUAAAAUUAGCCAUGGGAAACAUUUCUCUGAAGGAUAAAGUCCUUAUUGUCUUUGCAGAAACCUGUUACUUUACAUCUACCACACAGUAAAAGGUAGUUGUGUAGGAGAAGUCUUUGAUAAUCUCUAUCUAUUCUUAAGGGAGGUCUAAAGCUGGUUCAACAGUUUUAAAACCAAGUGAUUAGUUUUAUCCAGCCUAUUCAAGUUAAUAGAGAGUAAGACAGAACAGAAAUAAACAAUAACUUGGUAGACCUCUACUUGUACGGAAGUUCAAAGAGAAUGAGUGUAAAUGUUCACAUACAAUUGUUUUAAACCUUUGUUUCUCCACAAUCCUUUAGAUGAGGCUUAAAAACAAAACAGAAGCACUUCACUUUUACCUGUCCAGUUUCCUGAUGAAUUAUUUAGUCAAAGGCUGGAAUUUCUUCUUUCAAGGUUUGAAAAAAGUCAUGGUAGGCUUUUUGUUGAGUGCAAGGGAAUAAGAGCACUCAUCUUUAUUUGUGAAGUCAAAUAGAAGCUUUAAAAAUCACAUUCCAGGUUACCUUUGCAAGUGCCACUUGUUUAUCAAAGUGGUCACUCUUCAGUAGAUAGGAAUUUGCUACUUUCUCCCAUGAUGUAUAAACACAAUAGAAUUAUCUUCAGAAUUUCUAGUCUAGUAUAGACUGAGGCACCCUGGGAAUUACUGUGUGGGUGAUACUGCAUGACAGUGUAGAACGUGAGGUUGAAAUCCUAUUAAUGUUGGAAUUAUUCUCUGAAGGAGAUGUGGUCAACUUCAUUUGUUAAAUCAGCUGUAAUUCUUGAAUCUCCUUACACAGAUUACAGAUUAAAGAAGAUUGCAUGUACACAAACUAAAAACUUAAUUUCCUUCAAUUUUUUUACCUCUUUUUAAAAAUACUCAGUAUGUGGAAAGAGUCAUCGCUUUUUUGUGUGCAAACAAUAACUUUUUUUUGCUUAAAAAAAAGUGUAUUGUGGAAAAAAUAACUUGCCCAGUGUGCAAUGUUAAAAAGACUUAAAUAUCUGAUUUUGGUACAGAGUACAUUGUUACACAUCUACCUCUGUUUUGUUAAAUGUAUUUCUUGACUUGUCUGAGCUUAUGUACUCACAAACACUGCAAUAAUUAAUUUGCUGUUCUCAGUCUUCAGUUGCAGGUUCUUUAUUAAAGGCUUUUAGAAAUUUGCACUUCCA